ACCGAACGCGGCGGCGGCGGCGGCGGCGCUGCUUGAGGGAAGCGGUUGCCGUCGCCAACGGAAGCAGUCCCGGCUUGGGCCUGGAGCCGCUCUCGCCUCAGGCCCGCUCCGACAUGCCCCGCUCUGCCGGCGGAGGAGGAGAAGGAGGAGGAGGACCAUGAGCGGGCUGGCGAACGGGGCGAGCCUGGAGGACUGUCACGCCAACCUCUUCUCGCUGGCAGAACUCACAGGCAUCAAGUGGCGCAGGUAUAACUUUGAAGGCCAUGGAGAUUGUGGCCCGAUUAUCUCAGCACCGGCUCAAGAUGAUCCAAUUCUUUUGAGUUUCAUCCGCUGUCUGCAGGCCAAUCUGCUAUGUGUCUGGCGCCGGGAUGUCAAACCAAAUUGUAAGGAGUUAUGGAUAUUCUGGUGGGGAGACGAACCAAAUUUAGUGGAUGUGAUACAUCGCGAACUUCACAUGGUGGAAGAAGGACUUUGGGAGAAUGGACUUUCAUAUGAAUGCAGGACACUUCUUUUCAAGGCAAUUCAUAACCUGCUGGAAAGAUGCCUAAUGGAUAAGAACUUUGUAAGGAUUGGGAAAUGGUUCAUCCGGCCCUAUGAGAAAGAUGAAAAGCCUAUUAACAAAAGUGAGCAUUUGUCCUGUGCCUUCACAUUCUUCCUUCAUGCAGAAAGUAAUGUGUGUACAAGUGUGGAGAUUGCCCAGCACUUGCCAAUCUAUCUAAUCAAUGAGGAACAUCUUCGCAUGGCUCAAUCCUCCCCGGUGCCAUUCCAAGUGCUGAUAAGCCCAUAUGGUUUGAGCGGUACUUUAACAGGCCAAGCAUACAAAAUGUCUGAUCCAGCAACCCAGAAACUAAUUGAGGAGUGGCAAUAUUUUUACCCUGUGGUGUUGGGGAAGAAGAAAGAAGGCUUCAAAGAAGAACUGCGAUACGAUGAUGACUUUCCAGUGGCAGUGGAAGUCAUUGUUGGUGGUGUCCGGAUGGUGUAUCCCUCAGCUUUUGUUCUCAUUGCUCAAAAUGACAUCCCUAUUUCUCCAAGCACUUUGGCACCUGGAGCCCACAACAACGUGGCACAGCAGGGAGCUGGGAACAUGAAAGAUGCCCACAGCUGUGGAAUGUUUCUUACACCACCCAUUUCUCCAGAGCAGAUUGUCAUAGGUGAAAGUGGAAGCAUUCCCAGCAUGGUCAGUCAUACUGCAGCAGCCCCAGAUGGGAUGGGCACUGUGCAGAGUUCAAAGAUAUCAGAGAAAAUUCCUUCAAUAUUCCAUAAGCGCAUUGUUCAGAGGACUUGGAAGGAAUGGAUCCUCAACAAGUCACAAUCCAGAAGAGCUCUGAUUACGAAGGGAGGAACCUUCACCAACUGUGCUGCUUGGGAUUUUAUUGAUCCUGUCAAAAGGGUUUAUUGCACUUGCUCUAGGCAUAGGCUCUUUAGGCAACGCUAUUUGGGUUUUAGCCGCCUACCGUCUUUAUCACAAUCCAGUUCUUCUACUUCACUGCCACUUGCAUCUAAGCACAAACUCACAGAGAGGCAGGAGAAACUGGAAAAAAUUCAGAAGAGAUCGCUACUGCCAUUUCACCAUCGGCCAGCUGUUACUGAAGAACUUUGUACGGAGCAAGAUCCACCGGCACACAAGUUGACCUUGGCGGGAAUGGAGCCUUCCUUGGAAGCCCCUGGCAUCCGUAAAUACGAGAAGCAGUUCUCUCUACCACCUCGACACUCAAGCAAACAAACACAUUUGAAUCCCAUGGAUUCUCCCCAUUCCCCUGCGUCCCCUCUGCCCCCUACCCUUAGUCCUCAGCCAAGAGGGCAGGAAGUUGAGAGUUUAUACCCACCAUCAAUUCCUGUGACUCCUAUCCUCUACCACAGUGGAUUAGAACUCCAGCCACUACUCAGCACAGAGGGCAGUACGGUCCAUGGAGGACAGAGGCUGCCUCUUAUGGAAGAAGUCGGUGAUACUGUUGUGUAUUCUGGGGUUAUACAGAACCAAGAGUCACUGAACAUGUGGCAGGGAUAUACUCUUCCCUCCAAUGGAAAUAAAGAGUUCAGGCCUCCGGAACUCCAUUGCGAGAGAUAUGACAUCAGUGACAACACAUCAUUUCAAAGCACUGCACUAAAAAGGCUCUUAGCACAACCUAACAGAAGAUUUAAAAUCUUGGAAGAACCCUCCUCUGGGCCAGAAAUUCAUUAUUUUGACCUGUACCCUCUAAACCGCCGGCGGCCUGGCAAAGGUUUGAGAGACGUCAGUGAUCCUUACACAUUUCAGGAUGGAGACAUCAAAUACAGUUUCACCCGCACUAAAAAGUAUAAACUUGGACCUGACAGAGAAUUGCUGAAGAAAAAUAAGUCAGGUGACGGAACUGAGCCAAAGGAGAUUUCUGUAGCAGAUCACCCUACAACCAUGUCAGAUGGGAAAGAUGCAAUGUCUAUUUUCAGGUCGGCGCCUAAAACAGACACCCGGAACGAUAAUGCUGCAACUCGAGCUGGUUCCAGUAGCCUCAUGCAAGUCACAGACCUGGCUCCCUCACUGCAUGAUUUAGACAACCUCUUUGAUAAUUCUGAUGAAGACGAUACUGAAGCUGUCUCUCCUUCUCAUUCUGCAAAAGUGCCUCUGCAGGGGACUGAAGAACGCUCUCUGGGCAAGGAUACCAGAACAGCAGUUCCUUACCCCCCAACUGUGGCCGACCUGCAGAGGAUGUUUCCUACUCCACCAUCCUUGGAGCAGCACCCUGCUUUUUCUCCAGUGAUGUGUUAUAAAGAUGGGAUUGGCUCAGAGACAUUGACUACACUAGGGAUGUUGGAAAGUCCAGCCUUCAACAUGACUACAAAUCAACUCACAGAGUUUAAAAUUGAAGUGGAAGAUGGAUUAGGCAGCCCUAAACCGGAAGAAAUAAAGGAUUUCUCCUUUGUGCACAAGAUGUCAACCUUUCAGCCCUUUUUGGGCUCCUCUGCAUUUGCGCCUUUGAAGAUUCUCCCAAGUCAGUGCCUGCAACCUCUGAAGAUUCCAGAAGCCUGCAUCUAUCGGCCAUCCUGGGAACUUCCUCCCAAAACUGAACAUCUUCCUUUACCACCUAACACUACAUUCAUCCGCGAUGGUUAUACCAACAUACCCAGUGUUGGGAGCCUAGCAGAUCAAGACUAUCUUCAGAUGAACACCCCCCAGAUGAGCACUCCUGUGACACUAAACAGUGUGGCCCCAGCCAGCAACGGUGGAGCAGGGGUUCUGCCUUCCCCAGCCACUCCUCGCUUCUCCGUGCCUACGCCGCGCACACCUAGGACGCCAAGGACACCUCGAGGUGGGGGCACUGCCAGUGGGCAAGGAUCUGUGAAAUAUGACAGCACGGACCAAGGCUCGCCGGUAUCGACCCCCUCUACCACCCGGCCCCUCAAUUCUGUGGAGCCAGCAACUGUCCAACCGAUUCUAGAGGCCCAUAGCCUGUACGUCACACUUAUUCUUUCCGACUCAGUGUUGAACAUCUUUAAAGACAGCAAUUUUGACAGCUGCUGCAUUUGUGCAUGCAACAUGAAUAUCAAGGGGGCCGACGUGGGGCUGUAUAUCCCGGAUUCAUCAAACGAGGACCAGUAUCGGUGUACUUGUGGAUUUAGUGCAAUUGUAAAUCGCAAACUAGGGUACAACUCUGGGCUGUUCAUCGAGGAUGAAUUGGAUAUUUUUGGCAAGACAUCAGACAUUGGCCAAAUUGCAGAGAGGAGGUUGAUGAUGAGUCAGUCCCCCUUAUUGCCUCAGCUGGGAGAGGGAUCCAAGAAGGUUCAGGAACUCCCCGUUAACCUUCUCCUCCUCCUUCAAAGUCAGCACAGCCAGCCUUUCACCUCAUUGAACUGCUUAUACUACAUGUCUGCAACUAGCCGGCAAACACUCCCUUAUACAAACUGGAACUAUGACAGAGUUCGGGCCGAAAGCAAUGAUUCCUGGGUUGAGUGCUUCAAUGCCCUGGAACAAGGCAGGCAGUAUGUGGAUAAUCCUAUCGGUGGGAAAGUGGAUGAAGCUCUUGUCCGAAGUGCUACGAUUCACUCUUGGCCUCACAGUAAUGUUCUGGACAUCAGCACACUAUCCUCCCAGGAUGUGGUGCGCAUGCUCCUUUCUCUCCAGCCCUUUCUGCAGGAUGCCAUCCAGAAGAAACGAACCGGCAGGACCUGGGAGACCAUCCAGCAUGUUCAAGGACCCCUCACUUGGCAGCAGUUCCAUAAAAUGGCAGGACGUGGUUCAGAAGAAUCUCCCGAGCCUCUUCCCAUCCCCACAUUGCUGGUGGGUUAUGACAAGGACUUCCUGACAAUCUCUCCAUUCUCCUUGCCUUUUUGGGAGAGGCUACUAUUAGAUCCAUAUGGUGGUCAUCAAGAUGUUGCCUAUAUUGUGGUGUGUCCAGAAAAUGAGGCCUUGCUUAAUGGAGCCAAAACUUUCUUCAGGGACUUAAGCACUGUAUAUGAGAUGUGUCGGCUUGGGCAGCAUAAGCCCAUCUGUAAAGUGUUGCACGAUGGGAUCAUGCAGGUGGGAAAGACGGCUGCCCUGAAACUGACAGAUGACGUGGUGAGCGACUGGUUCAAUGCACCCUGGGGCAGUGAAGACACUGACAAUCAUUCCAAGCUCAAACUUUAUGCGCAAGUUUGUCGUCAUCACCUAGCACCUUACUUAGCAACUUUGCAACUUGAUAGCAGCCUGCUGAUGCCACCUAAACAGACUUCGCCAUUGAGCCAGGAACGAACAAAACCUGGGCGACCAAUGGUCCCCUCCCACUCGACCCCUUUUGCUGUUCCUGGGCCUCCCCCAGUGGGCAGUUCUUUCACUUCGACACCUAGCUCUAGGACCACAAACCUCUCAGUGAGCAGCUCUUCGGCCUCGGGGUCAACAGUGCCGCGGUUGUCAGGAUCGUCCUUACCACCCGGUAUUAAGCAGGCAAGCUCUACCUCUUCAUCUGGGUUCAGUAGUGGCCUACCUCAAGGUCAGAACCUAGCUUCUGGGGUAAAUCCUACAGAGAGAUCCCAAGGAAGUUCAGUCUCAGGAGGAGAUGCCGAAGUAGGCCACAACUCAUCUCAACAGAAUCAAGAAGGGAUGGAAAGCACUGCAGAAAGGGAAAGAAUGGGAAUUUCCCUUGAGCCCGAAUCCGUAGAUAGUCAUGCCUAUCCUCCAGCUGUUGUUAUUUAUAUGAUAGAUCCCUUCACCUACAUUGCAGAAGAGGAAUCUGCUUCCACCAACCUCUGGCUUUUGGGUCUCAUGCGAUGUUACACAGAGAUGAUGGACAGCCUUCCUGAACACAUGAGGAAUUCUUUCAUUCUCCAGAUUGUGCCUUGCCAAAACAUGCUGCAAACCACGAAGGGUGAGCAGGUCCUUUACGUUCAGCACUUGAAGUCCCUGGCAUUCUCCGCCUACUGCCAGUGCCGGCGACCACUGCCCACCCAGAACCACAUUAAGUCUCUGACAGGCUUUGGGCCCGCUGCCAACACUGAGACAACUCUCAAGAACCCUGAGUGGCCCAGCCCCAUUCAGCUGUACUCUCCACCAUUUAUACUGGCUCCCAUCAAGGACAAACAGACAGAGUUGGGGGAGACCUUUGGAGAAGCCAGCCAGAAAUGCAACGUGCUUUUUGUUGGGUAUUGUUUGUCUCACGAUCAACGCUGGCUCCUGGCUUCCUGCACCGACACCCAUGGCGAGUUGCUGGAUACCUGUGUGAUCAACAUUUAUCUGCCAAACAGAUCAAAGAGAAGCAAAGUUUCGCCCCGUAAAAUUGGCUUGCAGAAGCUGUGGGAAUGGUGCACAGGGAUCAUCCAAAUGUCAUCACUACCUUGGAGAGUUGUGAUUGGCCGACUUGGACGCCUUGGUCAUGGGGAGCUGAAAGAUUGGAGCAUCCUGCUUGGCGAGAGUUCACUGCAGACAAUCAGCAAGCAGUUGAAGGAGGUGUGUCGAAUGUGUGGCAUCUCCUCGACCGACUCUCCUUCAAUUCUCAGUGCCUGUUUGGUGGCUAUGGAACCCCAGGGGUCAUUUGUUGUGAUGCCAGAUGCUGUUACCAUGGGAUCUGUCUUUGGCCGCAGCACUGCUCUCAAUUUGCAGUCAUCCCAGCUGAAUACGCCGCAGGAUGCCUCUUGCACACACAUCUUAGUCUUUCCCACCUCCGCAACCAUCCAGGUUGCUCCAGCCAAUUAUCCUAAUGAGGACGGGUUCAGCCCCAAUAAUGCUGUGGAUCCGGGCGGGAUGCAGACUUCGCUGGAUAAUACAGAACAUUGGAUGAGCGAAGAUGACAUGUUUGACCUUCCAUUCCCGGAUGAUAUGGAUAAUGACAUUGGGAUUCUAAUGACCGGGAAUCUUCAUUCAUCUCCAACUUCAUCUCCUGUCCCUUCCCCUUGCUCUCCUGGUAUUGGAGUAGGCCCAUCUUUCCAGCAUAGUCGGAGCCAAGGGGAGCGUCUCCUCUCCCGGGAAGCUCCUGAAGAACUCAAGCAGCAGCCUCUUGCUCUGGGCUACUUUGUCUCCACUGCCAGAGCUGAGAACCUUCCUCAGUGGUUCUGGUCCUCUUGUCCACAUGCUCAGAACCAAUGCCCCCUCUUUCUGAAGGCAUCGCUGCAUCAUCACAUCUCUGUUGCACAGAUGGACGAACUCCUCCCUCCUCGGAACUCACUCCAUCCCUUGGACUCUAAAACCACAUCAGAUGUCCUGAGGUUUGUUUUGGAACAGUACAAUGCACUCUCAUGGCUCACGUGCAACCCCGCAACUCAGGAUCGCAGCUCCUGCCUUCCUGUCCACUUUGUGGUGCUCACACAGCUAUACAACGCCAUCAUGAAUCUCCUUUAGUCACCUGACUGGUGGUCACCUUCAACUUGAGAAGUGUUCCAUAGCCUAUCCGUUCCAGUGGCAAUCAUCUUGAUAUUUUGAGGGCCCAUGCAGUCAAUGUGCUUCUUGUGGAGUCACAGAAAGCUUCUUCUUUGUCUGGAGUAUACCAGGUGGAGCAUGCCAUCACUUUCAACAAGCAUUUUGGACAUUGGGUGAAUCAAAGCCUCAGGGCCAUGCUAAAUUGGUAGCUGGAUGUUAUGGAACAACAUAUCACAGAAGUCAGUGUCUUAGCUUUUUAAUGCACAGCCUUGUCAUUCAGAAGCAAAAUGUUGUCGCGGCCAGUAGACAUGGCCCAGGCCUAUCCUUGGAAACCACAGGAUGGCUGUAGCUGCAUAGAAGAACCCAUUCUCAUUGUUUAUAAAUGGUGGGGUUUUCUGUCUGUCAGGAUAAAGUGGAUUGCAUUAAUGCAUUUGUUAACCUGUCCAUAGAGUUAUGAAAAGUCUGGAGAUCCUCUUCUGUUUGUUGGCCGUUUUGUUUUUAAUUUAUUUAUGGGGUUAUUAAAUUAUAAGGCACCAGUGUGUUAUUCAGAACUAUUUAAUGACAUACCUCUCGCUCUUCAGAUCUGGGGCUAAAUCCAUGAAAAACCCAGAAAGCAAGUGAAGUAGUAACAUUUAAAUAUUGCCAUUUUGGUUGGUGGUCACUGAGAAUGAAGGAACCCAGUUUGCAGUAAGGUUUGAAAAGGUCUGAUGAGUAACUGAGAAUAGCAAGAGACAUUAGUCAUUUAUGAGCAUUUAUUACCGUGAAUCAAAGUGAAGGGAGAAGCAUUUAUUUAGAGGGAAGUUUGACAAUUUGAGAACUGAUUCCUGAAGUCCGAGUGACCUAUCAACUGGCACAGGCUUGUCCUCUAGUGACAUAAAUGUCAAAAUACUAUAUAUCACACACUGUUGGUUGUUUACACUCUUGUCUGUUUCAAUUCUGAUGUAUUUUUCUGUCUGUAAGAAAAAAUAUUCUUUCAAGGAAAUCAUUUUUAAAUCCGAUUUCAUUCCAUUCGUACUUUAAAAUUAAAUCCACAGAGACAGGAAAAUUACCAGGUUUAAAAUGUGUGCUGUUGAAAAAGUGUUUAAAGCGAAUCCUGUUAUUUUUAUGACUUCUGAACUGUAGGAUGAGAGAGGUCUAGAGUCUAAGUUCCCGUUUCUAAUGUUUGCUGUUGCACUCAAAAAGAGGAAUCAAAUAGGUCAGAUGGCUGUUCUCGGAGAAUAUUUUACUAUUUUUGAAGUUCUUCCAAAAGUUUGUCUUGUUCUGGUUAAAAAAUAAUAAUAAAAAUUUCUAUGAAAUUGAAGAAAUAUUUUUCCUUAAAUCAAAUUUAUAAUUGAAAAUAAUAAUAAUAGUAAUCCCAUGCCUAAUCCCUUGGAAGGACUAGUCAGAGAAGGAUUGGGUUUCUUAAUACUCAUUUUGGGGAAACCUUUGCAAUGUACAGAAGAAGACCCAUAUGUAUCCAAACCGUUUGUAUCUAAUGUAUACAGUGUACAUUCGAUUUUUAAAAUAUUGCCUAUUUUUCUUAAUCAGAAAAAACAAAUUACCAAGGCCUUUUGAAGAGCAUUAAAAGAAAAAAAGAUUGUAAACUUGUAUUUAGAAAAAGGUUCAGAGGAAAGCUAUGUAAAGGUACAUUUUCCCACUUUGGGUGUUUUGCCAGGUUCACCUGACUCUUGGAUUAUUGUUGGGUUGGCUUUUUUAUGUGAUGUUUUUAUCGAAGGGGUUCUUUUCUUCCCCAGAGUUCCAGUUCUAAUGCAAAAGUUCAAACAUCCCUCGCCUUACAAGGAAGGGGAGGGAGGUCGUUAGGGAUGAUUCUCAUCUACUGUUGUUUUUAUUUAAUUUUUUAAGUUAAGAGAAAAAUGUUAACAUAUUUAUACAUUUUUGUGCAAAAUAAAUAAAUGGCAAUAGAUUUUAAAAGAAAAA